GAGUCUGGGCUACAACUGCCUUAUAAUACAGACACCAAGUUUUCUUGUCUUAUGAAGGUGAUCUGGGUAUUGGCUAGAAACUAAGGAUUACUGACUUAAACUACUAGCUGUAUUAAUCAAUGGGCAUCCCACUCAUGGCAUGAGUGUGAGGAUCCUCCAAAGAGUUAGAUAGAAAUGGCUUUGAGUAAUGUACCUUACCGGUCAGAGGUCCUGGUCUGGACUCCUGAUGAACUGGCAGAAUACUUCAAGAAGCUUAACUACAAAGAUUGUGAGAAGGUAGUGAAGAAGCACCACAUAAAUGGUUCAAGAUUUCUGACCCUGUCUGAAAAUGAUAUUCAGAAAUUUCCCAAGCUCCGGGUACCAAUUUUAAGCAAGUUAAGUCAAGAAAUCAACAAGAAUGAAGAAAGAAGAAGUUUAUUUGCAAGAAAGACCCAUCCACAAAUAUUUCCUGAAGAUUGCCAAGAAGAUGAUGGUGGUUGGUCAUCCUUUGAAGAUGAUUAUGAAAGCCCAAAUGAAGAUCCAGAUGGAGAUUAUGAGUCCCCCAGUGAAGAGAUGGAACCUGACCCAGAAGAUGAUGAAUAUGAGCCCCCUCCUUCUAACGAUGAGGAUACCAUACAGAAUACAAUCCUUCCUGCCAAGCUUCCUACUGGUUCCAUGUACAUAGACAGGCCCCCAAUUGGGAAAAACCCUCAACAACCUCCAGUUCCCCCUCAAAGACCUUUACCAGCCAUUGGUGGCCGAAACAACACGCCUCCUCAUCUUAUAUCAUGCAAUCCUGAAGACUCUAUUAGAGGCAGAAACAACCGGACACCCAACCUCCCUGCACCAUCCAUAGACAGAAGUAAAAAGCCACCAUUGGAUCGUACAUUACCUCAAUUUGAAAGAGAUUCUUUGGGAAUAGGCAAAAAACCAGUUUUUCCUGACAAGCCUUUAGCUCCUGCAUUGAGGCCUGUUAGCGAUCGCUUACAUAAAAUACAAAAACCUCCUUUGCCACCUGGAGAAAGACCUGAGAGAAAUGUAAAGCCAACUGUACCAAAACAUGGAUGGGAAGCAGACAGAAGAGGUGAUGAAGAAGAUGAUGUACCCCAGAGGCCACUCCCCCAUCCAGUUAUCCCCUCUUUCUCUUCCAAUACUUUCCCUUCAAGAUCUAUUAAGCCACCAUCCAAACUUCCCCAAACAGGAUCUAACAGUAUGCCUGGACAAAUCACAGCGAGUACUUUUCCAACAAGUACAUCCCUGCCACCAUACUUGUCAAAAGGUGCUAUCAAUAGACCACCAUCUAGAAGCCCAGCUGAGAGUAGACCCUUGCCAAUUCCAAACAGGCAACAAGCACCAUUUCUUGGGGAUGAUGAGAACUCAUUGAAUAAUGAAUGGUAUGUUUCCUACGUUACUCGAACAGAAGCAGAAGCUGCUCUUAGGAAAAUAAACAAGGAUGGCACUUUCCUGGUGAGAGACAGCUCUAAGAAAACAAUUACCAAACCAUAUGUACUCAUGGUGUUGUACAAAAAUAAAGUGUAUAACAUUCAAAUUAGUUACAAUGAAGAAAGUCAAGUUUACUUAUUGGGAACUGGGCGUCCAGGGAAAGAGGAUUUUUUAUCAGUUCCAGACAUUAUUGACUACUUCAGGAAAAUGCCACUUUUGCUUAUUGAUGGAAAAAACCGAGAUUCCAGAAACCAGUGCAUGUUAAUAUAUGCUGCAGGAUAUCCUUAGGAAACUAUCGAGUAAUUAUCAGUCUCUUCCUCAUCUGUCAGCACCAGAAGAUGAUCUACUACCAAUAAGACUAUGAACAGAGAUCUCAAACUAAGGAGAAAAACUUUGUUUUAUUUCAUUUAAAUACUUUUCAUUCAAAUAUGCUUUUUUAAGGAUGGAAUCUCUAAUUAUUUAUUAUUCUUCAAUGUUUGUAAAACUGCACAACUGAUAAUGUUCACAAUUCAAGUGAACCCUAAUGAUUCAAUUUAUACAGAUUAUGUAGGUAUUUUUGAGCACCUCCUUAAUGUGUAUUUUACAUAUGUCUAGCAAAAAUAAACACUUAAUUCCUAUGAGACCUCAGAAGUUUAUAUGUCACAAAUUGACUUCUGUUAUAAAUAAAACUUGUGCAGUCAUUAAUAUUUAAAAGUUGUAAUUUCAAAAGUUUGAAAGCCUAGAUGAUUUGUUGUUGUUGUUAAAAGAUAAAAAGGUAUCUUCCCUCCA